UCCAGCGCGCGCAGGCGCGACCAGGGCGCAGCUCCAAGUCCAGAGCUGGAGAGUCCGAACAGCUGCCGCGGCCAGAGAGACCAGUGGUCGGGAGGAGCUUGAAUAUCCUCAUUUCCAUUCCUACUCCUGAGAAAGUUUUGAGUCAUCAUGGAUAAUCUGACGUCUGAAGAAAUUCAGCUGAAGGCUCACCAGGUUACUGAUGAGUCUCUGGAAAGUACAAGAAGAAUCCUGGGUCUAGCCAUUGAGUCUCAGGAUGCAGGAAUCAAGACCAUCACAAUGCUGGAUGAACAAGGAGGUGAGUUGAAAUCAUUGGCAGAAAUUCUUCAGUUGACUCCCAGUGCCCAAAAGCCCUAUCACAUCAGCCAUGUAUAAAUUGCAGCCUUUGGGAGUGCCUCUCCUUGGUAAGAUGAAGAUGUGGUUACUUCUGAUUUGAAUGACAUCAUGUUGAUUGCCUGGUUAGGAUGGGAGUACACAACUACAUACCACUUUUAUAUCAGGCCAGCAUGUGGCUUACCGUGUGCAUUGGGCUUCUGUAUAUUCUUUCUUCACUCUAGAAAUCAAAGGUUAGUCCUAAAACAGAUUUAGAUUCAGGUGAACUUGGAAACAUUUGAUUUAAGUUGGCCUUGAGAAACCUAGUUUGUUUUUAUUAGUCUUGUGAUUACCCUCAGAUUUUGAACCUAUAAUGUGACAGAAAUGCUGGCGAUCUGGUCUGGUCAAAGUACACUUGCUUGCAAGGGGCAGCCCUAAAUCUUCAUAUAUACUUGUUCAGAUGUCUUUAGAACAGAUCUUUACACAAGUAGAAGCUAUUGUCAACAUGGGUAAAAGACUUAUGUUGCAGUUUGUAAUACCUUCUCAUACUGAUUUAUUCCCUGUGGUAUAUUCUGGGUAGAUUUUGAAGUUUGUUAUUCCACAAUCACAUUUCCUUGUUAAUACUGUGA